UUAACUUUUACAAAACCUUUCCAAAAAUGUACAAGUUUAUGCAAAAAUUUAAUAAAGAAAAUUUCAAAAUGCAUUUAUUCUCUGCCUUACAUGUCAGAAUUGUAAAUUUCUUUAACAUUUAUUUUGUUUAUUAUACAUGAAUUAUCAAGAUUAUGAUUAUUAAUUUCACAUCUGUUAUCUGCAUUUUGUUCACCUUUUAACUGGUAAUCCUUAAUGAAACUAUGAUUUGAAUGGAUGCUUUUUGCACAUGAACAUAUCCAUAUUGCUUUAUAGAAUGAUUGUAAAAGAUCUUCUGGGCUGAUUUACAUUGAAUUUUCUUUGGAGUUUUGUUUUCGUAUUUCAAAGAAUUAAAUAUAUUUAUAAAUCGUGUAUAUUUUAGUACACAAAUGUGCAAAAGCAGAUAUAUUUGGUGAUCUGCAUAUAUUGUCUUUAAAAAUAUGGUACUAAUACCUGUCGCACUUCAUAUAUAUGAGUGUAUUCACCUAACACUUAACUGUAUACAAAUUAUUGCACUGUUUGCAAGAUAGAAAGAAGAUCUUUUAUGAUGUUCUUUUAGGUGUCCAGCAGUCACCUAGAUUUGCGAGACGUCCCCCUGUAAAGGAGUAUACCUACAGAAUGCCAGAAGUCGUGUACAUGAAAAACGACCAGAAAAUGGAAUUGAUAGAAAAACCAAGAAAAGUUGUUGAUGACGACAUGAUGUAUUUUUGUAACCAGGAUGAUGUUGAUGAUAAUGAAAGUUAUGAAAGUUUGUUUGAAGGGUUUGAUGGACAGAUUAUUAAUAAUAGUAACACAAUUUCCGAUAGCGGUAUUGAACAGUCUGAGAGUAUUGUAUCAGAAAGGAGUGUAAGUGAAGCUCUUAGAGAUAGGGGGAGUGUGAAUGAAUGUAGAAAAGUUGAAGAAAGUAUGGACAAGUUAAAACUGAAGCUAGAAAAAAAGAUGACAGGGUUGUCCUUGCAGUUGAAUGAAUCUGAUAGUGAGUCAGGAGUGGAAAGGAGUUUUACUGAGGUAGUAGAAGAUACUUCAGUAAGGGAGAAAGAAAACGAGGUGGUGGAUGUGAAGUUAGGGGAUGAGAUAAAGAAUGGAGCUGAUUUAGAUGGCGGGCAGAUGAAAAACGAAUCAUUGAAGGAGUUAGGAGACUUGAAGUUAGAUCUAAGUAGUGUGAAAGAUGAAAAUGUUGAAGGGUAUAAAUUGAGUGAGGAACACAAACUGAAGAAAAGACGAUCACAUGAAACAAUUGAACAGUUAAUGGCAAGUUAGUUCACAUUCUAAAUAAAACAGAGAACUGAAUUGCAAAAUAUUAAGAAGCAGUAAGACAUAAUGGAAAUAAUUAAUCAAAUCAUUAAGGUUGAAUGCCUUUAAACUGAAGCCUUUGUCUAAAAAUGAACAAAACUGUAAUUGUUACUCAGUCUUUCUUUUCUUGCAUUUUGCCUUUACAAAUCCCUUUAAGACCACAUCUCAAAGCCAAUAUAUUCCUUUGUUUCACCACUUGUUUGCUUUGUAUCUUGUCAUGUGUUCCUAUUGUGAAAUCAGUUUAAAUUUACAAAUAUAUAUCAGACUUCAUGCAAUUUAGCUUGAUAAUACAAGGUGUGUGGAGAGCUUUCCUAACUUGCACUUGUGUAACUCUGACACAAGUAUUUCAUGAAUUAUGUCCCCUUUUUACAUAAAGGCAAUUUCACUCUAUCUCUGUAUUUACAAAGAGGAUUUGAUUCAAAUGGUAAUAUUAAAUAGCUGUUCUACAUCAAAGACAGAAUGUCCAUAACUCUGUCACCAAUAUUUCAUUAGUUAUGUGCCCUUUUUACAUAAAAUUUUAGGUUGAAGUUUUGAUAUUAUUCAAACGUAAAACAGUUUAUCCACAUCAUCAGCUGCAUUGUAUGACACAGAAAUUACUCAAGUGAUAGCUCUAGUAUUUUAGAUAUGACUAUCCAGCGUCCAGAUAGAUUAGUAUGUGUCUCCUUGGACAGUUCUUGUUCUUAAGGUGACUCUAUUAAUGGAUAUCAUAUUAGGCUCCUUGUCAGUUGAAUAUUUUUCUUUGAGUUUAAUUUCAAAUUCUGUUACCAAAAAAUAAAUUGUUCUUUGUAAUCGUGAAAUUGUGUGUUUUGAACUAUAUGAGAAAAGCUGAAGUGCAUUUAUAUAUUUAUUUAUCACAUGCGAGAAUUGAAUAUGAACCAUGCUGUGUCAAUUUACUAAUCUCAAGUGCUAAAAGACUUUUGUGUGUACUAUACCUUUGUUGUAAACAAUAAAAUCAAUUCAUAUGUGCCUAAGAAAAUAUUGUUAACCUUUUAUUGCAUUUAACAAUGUCAUUUUAUAUGUACAAUGAUAGAAUAUGAAAAUUUGAAGUACUAGUAAUGAUCUGUUAUGCUGUACACCAUAUUUAUUUUUGAGUACACUGCACUAAAGCUGUGAACAUGAAAGUCAUCUCAUAGGAAAGUAUUGUAAACCAUUUCUGCUCGUAUUAUUUCAUAUGGUACUCGGUAAAAGAGCAUAGCACCAGUAACCAUGGUAGUUCCAGAACCUUUGAUAAUUUGAGCAAUUGUAUUAAGCACAGUAAAAAUAAACAUGCAUUUAUCUGUGUAACUUUUUGCUGGAAUUACCUCCAUGAAUUACUUAAACUCUAUUACUGUUUUAAGACAUACUGUUAAAUCAUUUAUAUUCGUGGCAGACUAAUUUUUGUUGAUUUUGUGGUUGGAAUCUACGAAAUUAAAUCUCAAUGAACAAGUAAAAUUCACAUUCAUUUUGUGUUCAAAGUUAAAAAUAGUCAAAUUUAUAUCUCAAUGUAAUAGCCAUUGUGUCUAGAACUUAAAUAAUUUCUUGCCCAUGAAAUUAAAUGAUUAAUCAGUACAUGCAAAAAUCCUUCGGACCUUGAAAAGUGAAUUCAGUACAGGUUUUUGGAAGAUUUUACUUGUCGAAGAGUUGAUUUUCUUUUACUGUCCUACCAUCAGUAAACUGUUUGUCAGUACUUUUUUAUCUGUAUGACCCUAAAUGUUUAGUUUCUGUUUUUCUUAACUUGAACUAUAGCCAAUGUUUGUAAUGUUAAUACAUAUAUUAUCUUCUGGAUUUAGAAAUUCAUUGAAUAAAUUGUGAAAUCAU